GGUGACUAGACUGCCCGGCCGGGCCCCAAACUCGAAGUGUACGACGACUUUAUCAUGUCUAAUACGACAGCCGGCGACCUCGCGAAGCUCACGGUCCCUCAGCUCAAAGUGUUAUGCAAAGAACGCCGCAUUGUCGGGUAUUCGAAACUUGGGAAAGCUGCUCUGCUCUUGAAAUUAAACAAUAAUGAUACUACCCGUGCAAACAAGGACCUUACAGCUACAUCCGCAGAAAAAUCUGCCCUAUGCAAAGCACUGCCGGUAUCUGGUCCGGUGGAUCACUCAGCUGCUAACCAUUGUGCAUCACCGACGGUUGUCACUCCAUCGACUCCUGACGCUCCCAACGAGAGCCAGAGCGCGAAACGGCCCCGUGUUUCUGCUAUAUUCGAGUCCACGAAAAGACAAAAGCCCUCUCUUGUGAAUUCCGCAUCUGUCUGUGACGCCAACUCCUCUUCAAGUUCCACGAAGUUACCCACGGGUACUGGAACCCUCAAAGCAAGUGCUGGUCUGACUUUGGUCACCGAAUUCCCGGGGCCGGCUGGUCAUCUUCCAGACAACUCUAGUGCUAGUGCUUCAUCGAACGCAGUACCUAUCAUCGUUCAGCCUCAAAAUAUCAACCUCGUUCAGGAAGGUUCUAAAACAAAACUUCAAGGUCGAUUCAAACCUCCCGUUUUCACGACAACUCCAAUUAUCGCUAGUACAUUACUGACCUCCCGGCGAGUUUCCCACAACGCCUCUACACUCCCAGAUACUUUUAGCCUUGAGAGCGCCCCCAUUUCAAUACCAUCCUCAAUGAAUAUUACACUUCCGCCUAAGCUAUCCGACAGAAAACGGGUUCAAAGCUUGGCAGUAAUCCUCUCUGCACUCACUGAUCAAGAUCGCCAGACUUGCACCAUGGUUUCUCGGACAUUUCGAUAUGCGGUGUACCUUUCUGCCACACGUAUGCUCACUCAGAAGUAUCAUGGUCGCCGUCUAAACCAAAUAAUGAAGCGCCAUCCACAAAACACGACGAAUAUGUGGCCCUACCUGCGUCAGCGUCAGAACGAAGUGGCUUUCUGGAGACAUGCAUUCCAAAAUUCUUGGGUUGGAAGGUACAACUCUUUGCUUGGAAUUGACCCUCUGUCUGCACGCCUCUGGGCGAGUGCAGAUGAUGAGAAGCAGGUGGUGGUGGCACUGAGGUUUAGAUUUAUCCUCACAAGACUUUGGUUCACGCUCUCUGUCGGAAAAAAUGGGCGAGAUCCAUCGGCAUGGCUAAAAUAUGUUGUGGAAGAUGCCCAAGAAGUUGUGAGAGGUGAGAUCUGGGCCAUCACGAUUCGAGAUGGAAAUUCGUUAUACGAGUUCUACGUACUGGAAUCCACUUGCGAAGUCAUCGGCCGGGCACUCAACGCUCCUCAACUUGAAGUCUACUCAUCUGGUUUGCGCGCCGACUGGUCAAGAUAUAUAGCGUCUCACACUGGUAUCUCUGCGGGGCCACAUAAUUUAUUCUUAAAAAAUCUUCGAUGGGCGAAUUACGAGGAAUACGACCGAGGAAUAAGCAGGCACUGGCUACACCGCAUCUCUUUUGAACCCGACGUUGGCUUAUCGAAAAAGGCGGUCGCUGAGCGAUAUGUCCUGGCGUGUGUGGUUGCCAAUAGCAUUAGUGGCCAGUGGAUGUCAUCUAACCAGAUGGCGCAGGAAUUCGCAGGUCUGCCGCCUCGAGUAACCCCGACAGCUAUCAGAGGCGAAACUCCGAAGAUCAACCUUUACCUACCAGCCCACCACCAUGUCGAGAGCGUUCACUUUACCACGCCAAAAGGUGUACCAUUUCAUCCGGCUCUUGCCGUCAUACAGACCCCAGCAAGAGAGUACAUCGUCUUGAAGGAUAAUGGAAUGCAGGUCGGAUGCGAAGAAGAUGGUGUUGCAAAUGUGUGGAUGCAUGUGCUUGGAUGCGACAGAAACGGUAUCGCGGUUUCUGAAUGAUUCAUGAUGCAGCCAAAAUUCUCGAAAUAAUUCCCGCUACCUUUAGGUAGUGUCUUUCCGGUCAUCCCCGUACUUGCUUCAUGCUCAUCUCCUAUCGUUAUGUCUCCCACUUUUGAGGGUGUCGAUGUCGUGGC